AUGCCAUUUCCAACGUCGACAGCUUUUCCAGGAGCAUCACAACCUCCACUCGACUCCGACAGCGACGAUGAAGACGACUUGAGUGACGACGAAAGCGAGGCAGAUGACGACGAAAACCACGAUGGCGACACAAAUCACACAUCUAAGUCAACUUCGAAUACUUACUCCAGUACAUCUACGACGUCCUCUCUAACCUUAAGCUCGUCCUCCAGCAACGCUACCACUAUCAGUACCACGACAUUCAAUUCGUCAACGACCUUCGCGUCAAGUAGCACCGCUCCACCCCUCACCACCUCGACAUCUGUUAUCUCCAGCACUCCAACCAAUCCAGGCACGACGACAUCGACCCAAACUCCAGCAAGGUCUACAGGUCAAGACCUCACCUCAUCAAACCCGGCAUCAGAUUCGAAUCCGUUUCCAAACAACGUCGCUGAUCCAGCGUUUGAGGCCAAAGCUACUUCUUCACCGGUCGGUACUGCAGGAAUCGUCCUUGCCGCAAUCUUCGGCUUCAUCGGUUUGGUGACCACUAUAUAUCUCUUCUAUCGCCUUAUGCGACGCCGCAGAUCUUACCACCGGAGCGGAUGCCGAGGUCCCGAUCCUAGCAGGCCAGAUACUGCCAAAAGCGAAGCGUCCCUCGAGAAAGGAGACAUAGCCAACUGGCCUGCUGCCAACCAAGAGACAGGAAUCAUAUUUGGCCACCAACCACGAUCAUCCAAUGACACACUGCGGCAGGAGGAAAUGCAUACAAGAACAGCAGGACGCGGCCGAGGCCGAUCAUCCUUCCUAAACAGAAAAUGGUAUUCUACAGGUACUCAGUUCGCAAAACCUGCCGCCAGCACGAGGACUCCCUCGAUACCACCCACUCCUCCUCGCUGGGGCGCACCGUUCUUCAAUCUAGGUCUUGACCUUCGUCAGUCCGGGAAACCAACCGCUCGACCGAAUUCCAUCACAGCUACUAACCCCGACCAUUCCAGCACAGGGACUGAGACUACAACCCCAGAUCGAAGUCCAUCAACCCGUUCAACCGGUCUGGGACACGCAAGAGCCUACGCUCACCACGACACCUCUGCUCCACGGUCCUCAACCAGAGUGACAUCUACCAUCAGCAGUAUCUCGAGUCGAUGGCUGAGGAGACGAACCGAUAUCAGUACAAGACUACCAGCUACGAAUCGAGACGUCAGUGAGUGGUACAGCAGUAGUAGCAGUGGCAGUUCUGGCUCAUCUUCGCCGACAAGCAGUUUAGGCACGUUAACACCUAGUACUGUCGGUCGUCAGUCGAGGGAGAGUCAGAGUUCGGUACCUAGAUUGCCUCUGCCGAUUGCUUUGAGUGGCAGUCGAAGAUCGAGUGGGCCGUGGAUGGUAAGCUAG